UUUGCGUUACAAAGUAUCUUGAUAUACAAACUGUGAUAACAUCGUGUCUUUAUUAAAUGAUCACAAAUCGUAAUAUAUAAUCUAAGUGAUAAUUUAUCGGUUCUGUUGUUUUGAUUUAUUAAUGACAUUCGAAUUUUAAUAUACAAUCAAGAAUAAUGGGUGUUGGCCUCAAACCAUUAGAGUUUACGGAUUGCUUAACCGAUAGCCCUUAUUUUCGAGAAAAUCUUCAUUAUCAUGAACGUGAAUUGGAAAAGACCAGCCAACAAAUUAAACGGCUCAUCAAAGAGGUCAAAGAUCUUUUAUUAGCUGCCAAAAACCUAUCUAGAGCCCAGAGAACAUUUUCCAAAACAUUGCAGAAUUUUAGUUUUGAAUGUAUUGGAGAAACUCAAACAGAAGACGAAACUCACAUAUCGCAAAGCCUUAAGGAAUUUGGUAAACUUAUUGCAUCAAUAGAGGAUGAAAGGGAUCGCAUGCUUGAACGUGCUUAUGAUCAAAUUAUACUUCCCUUGGAAAGUUUUAGAAAAGAGCACAUCGGAGGUGUUAAGGACGGAAAAAAGAAAUUUGAAAAACAAACUAUUAAAUUUUGUCAAAGUCAAGAACGUUACUUGAAUUUAUCUACAAAAAAACAAGACAAUGUUCUUCAAGAGGCUGAUGCAACAUUGGAAAUGGCUGAGAGACAUUUUUGUCAAGCAAGUUUAGAGUAUGUAUUCUUGCUACAAGAAGUACAAGAACGCAAAAAAUUUGAAUUUGUUGAAACUUUAUUAGGUUUUAUGUUUGGUUGGUUAACUUUCUAUCAUCAAGGACAUGAAGUUGCAGAGGAUUUUAAGCCUUACAUGACUGAAUUACAACUAAAAAUACAAAAGACUAGAGAAAAUUUCCUUGCUACCCGGGAUAAAACAGAAUCACUUAUGAAUAAAAUGAAGGAUAUGAAAAAGUCUGCUGUAGAAAGUGGAGUCAAUAAACUAUACACACGUGAAGGUUAUUUGUUUCUAAUGGAAAAAAAAGCAUUUGGCACAACAUGGACAAAGCAAUACUGCACAUAUCAAAAGGAUAAAAAAGAAUUUACAAUGAUACCAUAUAAUCAACUUACAGGCAAGUUUAGCAGCAAAGAAGUUUUAAUAUUGGCAUCUUGUGUACGUCGUAUGUCAGAUACAAUUGAAAAACGAUUUUGUUUUGAUAUCACUACUAUUGAUAAACUUAAUGUUGUAUAUACAUUCCAAGCACUUUCUGAAGAAGAUAGAAAGUUAUGGCUUGAUGCUAUGGAUGGUAAAGAACCAAAUUAUCCUGUAGUAGGUGUAUCAACAAAAUCUGAAGAAACUAUUUUAGAUGAAACAGGUUUCAUGUUCAUAUCAAAAUGCAUUGCAACGCUUGAAGAAAGGGGCCUUGAAGAACAAGGUUUAUAUAGAGUUGUUGGUGUUACCUCCAAAGUAAACAAGCUUUUAGCAAUGGGACUAGAUAGAAGGAAAUUAGAAAAAUUGAACCUGGAUGAUCGCUUUGAAUGGGAAAGUAAAACUAUUACUAGUGCACUCAAAACAUACUUACGGACGUUAUCUGAACCAUUAAUGACCUUCCGAUACUAUAAUAGUUUCAUUUCAGCUGCGAAACAAGAAAUCAAAGAAGCACGUAUCAAUGAUAUUCAUAAUCUUGUUUACCGGCUUCCAAAAGCAAAUUUCAAUAUGCUAGUUCUUCUUAUUAAACAUUUGUACAGUGUUGCAAAGAAAAGUGAUAAAAAUUUAAUGACUAUUGGCAAUUUGGCCGUAUGUUUCGGUCCAUCUUUAUUGCGACCUGAAGAAGAAACAGUAGCUUCUAUAAUGGAUAUCAAAUUUUAUAGCAUCGUAGUUGAGAUUUUAAUCGAAAAUUGUGAGAGAAUAAUUGCUGGUCCGCCACAAGAUACUGUACGCUCAACACAAAAUACCGCUUCUGCUAGAUCACAACGUACUACUGUAGAGGAUGGGCCGACAUCUUCUGGUAAUGGUACUCCUUUUCUAAGGUAUCCAGUACAUGCUAUGUCAUCGCCACAUGGACAUCUUGUUACGAGAUCAUACUAUGAUAGCCCACUAGCAGUUGUUCCUAAAUCAUCUACUAUUGACGAAAGAAAAAAUGGAGACUAUGAAGAAACAGAUCACACAAGUCACAGAAUUCCAGCAUAUUUAGAUCGAAGUGAACGUGUAAAAUUAACUAAUACGAAUCUUAUGUAUCAUUCUGCAGAUAAAGGCAAUACAAAUAGUUCCAAUGAAUCAAUUGCCUCUGAUUCACAUUCAGUUUCAUCUGACUUGCCAGUAAAACAUAAACGUGGUUCUAUGAUGUCUGUACAUUAUCCAUCAAGUUAUGCUCAACGGAACAAUCCAUCAGUAUCUGUAGUUAAUACAUCACCUAGCAGUGGACGUUCAAGUCCUGGACAAGUACCUGGUAUUUGGAGAGUCCGCACCUUAUAUGCUUGUGUGGCCGAAAGUGAUGGAGAGUUGUCAUUUGAACCAAAUCAAAUUAUUACAAACGUAAAGGCCUCUUUGGAACCAGGUUGGUUAGAAGGUACAUUAAAUGGUAAAACGGGAUUGGUCCCAAAGAAUUAUGUUGAACAAUUGCCUUGAAUUUGGAAAAACCAAAGAGUGCCUAAAUUGUUUUCACAUUCCAAAAGUUAUAGGAAAUGUUUAGUACCAUUGCCUACUGAAGCAUAUGUUCGCAAAAACAGGGAUGCUACGAUAACAUAUGUGAAACAAAAUGUUUUCUAUUUAAAUUCCUUUGGGUACAAUUUACAUAGUCAAUUACACACGCGUGCAACACCUCCUUCCUCACACACACACACACACACACACACAUACACAACACCUUUUAUUUAUUAGGAGCCUUUUUGCUCAAGAACGUCUAUAGUGUAUAUAAUCAAUUGUAGAAAAAUUUAUAUAUAUCUACAUAUAUAGUGCUAAUAUAUUACACGAUAUUUAAAUAUAUUUGUACUAAAAGAUAUUGCUCCAGUAUAUAGCUUUUAGGAGA